AUGGCGAAGCGGAAAGAGUGCGCGAACACCGGGACCGACACAAAGAAACUGAAGCAGGUGCUGAAAGCGAAGAGCAGCGAGGCAAAACCGAGAGCAAGGAAGAAAGAUGCUGGUGAGGAUAUCGCAGAGAAAGAGGAAAAGCUUGAGAGGAAGGUCAUUCCUAAGCCACGUUUGCCCUCAAAGCGAGCAGCAGGGAAUACGCUGUCCUCCAAAUCCAACACCAGCACCACUGUCAAAGCCAGCAAAUAUUUCCAGUCUCCUGUUAAGGAGGAGAAUGAUAGUGAAGAUGACUUUGAUAUGGUGACCUCACCACCACCUCUGGUUAGAGUGAACACCAAGAAACCAGAGAAAGAAGAAGAGGAGGAGAGUGAGGAAGAUGAGGACGAUUGGGAGGAAGUGGAAGAGCUCGCUGAGCCGCUGGGUCCAGUUGAUCCACUAGAACCCGUCCUGCCCUCUCAGCCUGUAGAGAUUGAGAUCGAAACCCCAGAAGUCAGAAAGAAGAGAAAAAAGCAGGCAGAACUUGAGACGUAUCUGAGGCGAAUGGUGAACCGAUAUAAGAAGGACCUGCUGAUAGACACCCACAAGGUCCACCUCAUGUGCCUGAUAGCCAGUGGGAUGUUCCGCAACAGGCUGUGCAGUGAACCAGACCUGCUGGCUGUCACCUUGUCCCUGCUGCCUGCCCACUUUACCAUGGUAGCUAAGGAGCGCAUCGACCAAAGCUACCUCUCUGGGCUGCUUAAAUGGUUUAGAGCGACAUUUACCCUCAAUCCCAGCCUUCCCUGUGAAGAGCGUCCGGACCCCCGGGCUCUUCUGGAGAAGCGACUGGCAAGCGUCUCAGCCAGAAACCACCAGGAGAUGACUCAUCUGUUUUUGUUGGUCCUGAGGUCUCUGCAGCUCUUCUGCCGAUUGGUUCUGUCUUUACAGCCAGUUCCUCUCAAACCCCCAUCAGCCAAGGCUAAAGGGGCUGGAACAUCUUCUGGUGCCCCAGAAAAGAGCAACACAAGCAAAGAAUCAUCCAAGACCAACUCCCCUGAGCCAAAGAUUUCUCCUGGCACCAAGAGACCAGCAGGAGGGAGAAAGAUCAAAGGAGACGUAGGAGGAAAGAAAGCAAAGAAGAAAGAAAAGAAGGAUGAGGAGGAAGAGAAGAGGGCUGUAGUAUCAGGAGGGCAGAGACCAAAGAACUCGAAACGCCGCAGCGUCGCCUCAAAGGUCAGCUACAAGGAGGAGAGCAACAGCGAAGGGGAGGAGGAGGAAGGGCUUAGUGAUGAGGAUGAAUUUCAAGCUUCCAGUGAGAAUGACAGUGAGGAUUCGGAGAGUGGGGUUAAAUCUACAAAGGGGAAGAAGGGGAAAGGAAAAGCCAAGGGCACAAACAACAAAAAUACAGCAGCUCCAAAGAGAAGAAGCAGUGGAGGUAAAAAACGGGUAAAAGACGAGGAGGAUGGAGAGUGGGAGGAAGGGAAGGAAGAGGAGGAAGAAGAAGGAACAACAAGCAAGGGAACAAAGAGGAGGAGUGGGCCAAAGAAAGAAGGACCUGGAGCAGACGAGUGGUUGGAAGUGUUUCUGGAGAAAACUUCUUCCUGGGUUUGCGUAGAUGUGGAUCACGGUGUUGGGAUGCCUCAUCUCUGCUCCCAGAAUGCAACCUCACCGGUGACGUACGUGGUGUCCGUGGACGGAGAUGGGUUUGUGAAAGACUUGGGAAAGAAGUACGACCACACCUGGAUGACAUCAUCCAGGAAGAGGCGGGUGGAUGAUGACUGGUGGGAGGAAACACUUCAGCCAUUUUUGGGACCGGAGGAUGAGAGGGAUAUUAAGGAGGACAAGGAGCUCCAGAAUAAACUUCUGAACAAACCAAUGCCAGUCUCUGUAGCAGAGUAUAAGAACCACCCGCUGUACGCUUUAAAGAGACACCUGCUGAAGUAUGAAGCCGUCUAUCCUCCGACAGCCACUGUGCUGGGGUACUGCAGAGGGGAGCCGGUAUAUUCUCGGGACUGUGUGCACACCCUCCACUCCAGAGACACGUGGUUGAAAGAAGCAAGGACUGUCCGGUUAGGAGAGGAGCCAUACAAGAUGGUGAAGGGCUUCUCUAACCGUUCCCGUAAGGCCCGGAUGAUGUCUGAGUCGAAGGAUGAGAAUGACCUGGCUCUGUUUGGAGAAUGGCAGACUGAAGAGUACCAGCCGCCUAUAGCUGUGGAUGGGAAGGUUCCCCGUAACGACUAUGGUAACGUCUACCUGUUUAAGCCCUGUAUGCUGCCGGUGGGCUGUGUUCAUAUCAGGUUGCCCAACCUGCACCGCGUGGCCAGGAAACUGAACCUUGACGCUGCGCCUGCAGUCACAGGUUUUGACUUCCAUGGAGGAUACUCGCACGCUGUCACUGAUGGCUACAUUGUGUGUGAGGAGCACGAGGAGAUCCUCAGAGCUGCGUGGGUGGAAGAACAAGAGCUUCAGAAGCAGAAGGAGAAAGAGAAAAAAGAAAAGCGGGCCAUCUCCAACUGGACUCUCCUGGUGAAGGGACUCCUGAUCAGAGAGAGGCUUAAACAGCGUUACAACAAGAAGAACCAGGGAUUGGGAAGCCUCGCUGAUGGAGGGGACACCGGCGGGUUUUCCUCAGAUGAGGAGGCUGUCGAGGGUGGAAGUCCUGGAGCUAAGACAGCAUCUGAGACUCUUGCAAUGUCCUGGCCCCAGAACAGACAAGCAGAAGAGGACAGUGGAAGUGCCAGAGGACUGAAGAGGAAGACAAAACGAGAGAAGAAAGGUCAAGAGCAACAUUUAUUCCCCUUUGAGAAAGUGUGAUGUUGGAGAUCAAAACAAAACUGUUUCCAGGUUUUCAUAAACUGAUUGAUUCCAUUCUGCUGUCAAAGGAGCACUUCACUGACUGCUCACGGUAUUUAGUUUAGAAAAUUGUCACAUCACUUCAAAGCCGGGUAAAUAGUUUGGAUCACUGAAAUGCCCUGGAACCUUUGGCAGUAAUGCAGGAAGGAGCGGAAACACAGGAUGAGAGGAGAAGGUGAAACUCUCCGCCUCAUCACUGUUCAUAGCUGCUUUAUGGAAGCUUUUAUAUGUGAACCUAAUGGACAUACAAAAUGACAGUAGAAAAAUAAAAACAAGUUUAUGUACAGUGGAGGUUGUUGUGGAGAGAACAAACAUAAAAUGAAUGUGAGACCGCGGAAGUGUCCUUACAUCUUCAUGUAUGUGUUUAACAUGAGGCACUGAUAGCAGUUACACCUUCUGCAAAUAUUCAGACUUUGACCAGUACAGUACGGGUUUGAGCCAACAGAGCACGCAAAAGCUGCCACGUAGAGCUCAUGCUGACUUGAACUGAUGGCAAUUAAACACAAUAUACCUCCUGUGCUAACACUACAAAUAAUAAAGGAUUGUAAAAAAUAAGUAUUCCCAUCACGACUAUUACCACAGCAUCUGCGCCACCUUCUGCCGCUGUUUUAUCACAUUCCCUGUAAGCGGUUUUCCCAACCUGCAGGUCUGAACAAAUGCAGCUUAGCUUUUCUUACUGGCUCGUUGUAAAUGUUUGUUUUUGUUUUUUUACAGAAAUUCGUACUGUUGAUUUAUUUUUGUCAGCUGAAAACUUUUUUUUUUUUUUUAACUUUUUGUAAGCAACCAACCACUGUGCACUUUUAAGUAGAUCUUUGUGGUUUUGAAUUGUAGCAAAUCCUUGUCUGACAAAGUGUAUGUGAACCAUCUAACAGUUUUUAUGAGCGUAUAAUUUGAAAAUCACUAGAACUGUUGUUUCAUUCUUAAUUUCUCAUCAGCAGCUUCACUUCCUCUUUGUCGUCUCUUUGGUCUCUGGCGGUUUGCUUGUAUCUGCUGUUCUCUGCAUCAUUAUUUUUGUUCAGUAUUUUUCUUACUCUCUUUCACAUAUUUGUCACCAUUUCACAACUUUUGUCUGUAUAAUAUUGAAGUUUGUUUUUGCCACUGUCACUAUCUGCCACUAUCUUUGUCAUCAGUAAUUCUCAAACUGCAACUUAAUGACUUGAAAUUUCAAGUCAUUUUCUCAAUUUCGAGUUAUUUUCUUAGAAGUUUGAGUUAAUAAGUUGAAAUUUUGAGAUUAAAAUAAAAUUUUUGUCACUGUUGAGGAAAAAUAGUUUCCAUAGUAAAUAUCUUUAAACCGUUUAAAAAGUUGCUAACCGUUCUUGUAUGAAAAGUAUUUUUGUAAGAAAUGUUUAAAUGUAUGUAACAUUUUUUUAAAAUGCUUUUCUUAUAGAUUUUGCUGUCUGUAUUUAUUAAUCCGAGAUUUUUAAAGACAGUUUUGUUUUGGUUUCAUAAAGACAGCUUGAAAUGGUAAACACAGGUGUUUACUGAUGACAUAUUAAUGACACUGAUGAAGCUUCAGUUGUAUUUAGGCACUGAGCCUUAGUCAGUGUGAAAUAUCUGUGUUUACCUACAAAAUGACUGCCAGGAAAAGAGCUUAUGAAGUUUGUUUUUGUUGUUUUAAACCAGUUUUAUAUUACUGUAAAGACUAUUUUACAAAGAAGCUAUUGCACCCAUUGCAUGGCCUCAAACAAGAGAAAACUUCUUUUUCCAGGGGGCUCCUUCAUUGUUUGACACGUGAUUCAAUUCAAUUUUUGCCAGUUGAAUUUGCUUUAACACUGGCAGGUGUGUGUCCGUUAGACAGUUCAUAAUUUUUUAUCUUCCAGGCUUUCCAGAUGUUUACAUCAAGGUUAUUACAGUUAAAUUAGACUGGACUUGCCAAACAAACUAAACAUUGUACAGGGUGAAACGUCCCCAGUUUUAAUCUUUGACACUUUGGUAAAAUUUGUUAUCACAACCAGCCUGAUGAGGAUUUGCUGCAUUUAUUUAUUGAGACUUGGGAGUGUUGUAUUAGUGUUAUAACAUCUACUUUGAACUCCAUUGUCCCUGACAAACACCCUCCGUAACACUGAGAAUAAUAAAAACUAAACUAAAAUGAAACAUUUUCAAACAAUAAAAGCUAAACUGAAACUAAGCUGAAUC